UUCUUCCGGGUGUGGCCCCGGACGGAGGCGAUGGCACCAUGGACGCUCCUCAGUCCUGGGGUCUUGGUGCGAACUGGGCACACGGUGCUGACAUGGGGAAUUACGCUGGUACUCUUCCUGCACGAUACUGAGCUUCGGCAGUGGGAAGAGCAGGGGGAGUUGCUCCUGCCCCUCACCUUCCUCCUCCUCGUGCUGGGCUCCCUGCUGCUCUACCUGGCUGUGUCCCUCAUGGACCCAGGCUACGUGAAUGUUCAGCCCCAUCCUGAGGAAGAACCCAAGGAGGAACAGAUGGCCAUGGUUCCUCAGGCCAUCCCUCUUCGGCGUUGCAGACAUUGCUUAGUGCUGCAGCCACUGAGGGCCCGGCACUGCCGUGAAUGCCACCGCUGUAUCCGCCGCUAUGACCAUCACUGUCCCUGGAUGGAAAACUGUGUGGGAGAGCGCAACCACCCACUCUUCGUGGCCUAUCUGGCAUUGCAACUGGUGGUGCUUCUCUGGGCCCUAUACCUGGCAUGGUCCGGCCUCAGGUUCUUCCAGCCUUGGGGGCUGUGGCUACGGUCCAGUGGGCUCCUGUUUGCCACCUUCCUGUUGCUGUCUCUCUUCUCAUCGGUGGCUGGCCUACUCCUGGCCUCAAACCUCUAUCUUGUGGCCAACAACACCACCACCUGGGAGUUCAUCUCUUCACACCGCAUUGCCUACCUCCGCCAGCGUUCCCGUAAUCCCUUCGACCGUGGCCUGAUCCGCAACCUAGCCUACUUCUUCUGUGGAUGGCCCUCAGGGUCCUGGGAGACCCUCUGGGCUGAGGAAGAAGAGGGCAGCAGCCCAGCUGUUUAG